GAGAGAGACAGUAGGAGAGGAAGAGAGAGAGAGGUAGAGAAACAGAAAGAGGGUGAGCAAGUGAGAGAGAGAUAUAAGGGCUUAGUAAAUGUGUGAAAAGGUCACAUGGAUGGAUAUAUUUUCGUCUCUCCUGGCUAACUGAUGCAUCUCUGUCUGCAGUUACGAACGACAGCAGCAGUGAUGUGGAGUGGUUGGCUAAUUCCUGUUCUCUUCCUUUCUGGCACAACUUGGCCAAGUCACGCGCUCACAGGUUUGUCCUGUGUAAAUGACUUCAACACCAAUAUCACAUGUGAAUGGCACAAUGCAACACAACAUGCUGGCCAAGUCUGCAGCCUUCAUGCAAGCAGAAAUACAUUCAAGGGAACUCAAAACGAAAGAUGUGUUCUACAGCCAUUAACAUUUCAUUCUAAUGGAGCAACAGGCUGCUGGAUUGACUUUAAGUCACUGCGCUUUACAUUUGCAGAAGAGAUCAAUUUAAAGGUAAUCUGUAAUGGCACUGCAGUCUUUGGUCUGGACAACUAUAAGCCUGGCCGUAACAUUAAACUGCGUCCACUGGCGAGGCCAAAUGUUUACAGAGGAAACAUCAGCUGGAGCAAAGGAGCUGAAUCUUCCAUGAAUUGUGAAUAUCAGCUACAGUUCAAGUCUGCAUCACAAAUCUGGGAGGAAGUUCAACCAAGGAAGGUGGACCAUACCUUGGUUGUACUGGACAGUGACUUACUGACACUGGGUGAUGAAUAUGAGGCCCGAGUCAGAGUGAAGCCUGUAAAGCCCGAAAAUGAUGGCCAGUAUCUUGGCCAGUGGAGUGACUGGAGCCCCUCCAUCAACUGGACUUCUGAAGUUGGAAGAAACAAAACCGUAUUAGACCAGAACACACAAGAUACUACUAUACGUACAUCAGGACUGCUGACGGGGUUUAUACCAGUAAUCCUGGUUCUACUCACCUCAAUCAUUGUCUGCACAGUCCACAGAUACUACUGUAUGUCAAAAGCAGGCGGUGAACACAUUCCUGAUCCAUCCAAAUACUUUCAGCCCCUUCUGUCCGUCCACGGAGGAAACUUUCAGAAAUGGCUGGGCCCUCAGCACUCCACCCCCUCCUUCCACACUCCUCAGCCAUGUGACUGUAGUAUCUCACCUGUGGAGGUCUCAGACGUUUGGGACGACCCUGUGGCCAGCUCAAUGGCACAUUUCCACAACAAUCCCAUGCCUUCUUCUCAACAAACAAGCGGUGACAGCCAGUCAUCAUCUGGCUUCUCCAACAUGGGCUACUUCUACAGCGAAACCCAGCCAGGAUCUGUGUCCUUAGAGACCUGUUCAGUGUACUUCACCUACCAGCCUGAAGGGGGCAGCGAUGUCUCUCUUCAAUCCUCAUCCUCCUAUGAGCGCCUGCAGGGUCAAGAUCAACAGGAAGGGGAACCCUCAAGCCCUGACUCUGGCUUUGGCAUGGGAGGAGUAGAAGAAGAGGAGGAUGAUGAAGAAAGCAAAGAAGAAAAGAAGGAAGAAGAAGGGAGGAAAGAGGAGUGCAGUGGUGUCAACAUCCAGCAUUUGGUCUCGUUUGUUCUCUCCUUACCAGAAAGCUCGAAAAAAAUCACCUCCACAGCUGCUACCCACAUCCCACUGAGUUUUGCCCAGCCGCCAGAGCUCUCGCCCUGGCCUGAAGAUCCUGAAGUAGCUGCUGCUGGCAGCAGUAACACCUCAGAGGCUCCAGAGGGCGUUGUGGUUAGACCCUCUUCUAUGGUGGUACAGCCAUGCAGCAGUGGCUACUUAACCCUGAAGGAGAUGCAGAAAUACAGCAAUAAAUCUAUCUGACUGAGUAAUGAUCCUUAUGGGGGAAUUCCACCAAAAUUUCUUCAGUAUUAAAUCAUUAAGAUAUAAACAAAGUCAUUCAGGGAAGUUUGAUCAUUCUAGAAAAACGUACAGUCAGGAUUGUUCACAGUGGUAGUGACGUAUGAAGCACUGAAUGCCUCUAAAAGCUACAUCACAGACAGCUAUUGCAUGAAAUGAUUAUGAACACAUA